GUCGGGUGUUGUGUCUGUGUAAUGCGUCGAUCAGUAUGUUAGAAAUUUAGUGAUUUUUUACAUAAAAAAUAUAAUUCAUUAAUAAAAUAUAUUAUGAAUGUAUUGUUAAGUAAUUAAAAUAAGCGGGACAGUAUCGAACUACGGGUAUUUAUCAUAAUUUUGAGCAAAUUAUGAUGGAAAAUAUUGUGUUUUUUUCAAAAUGGUGGGUGUUUGUUUUUGGAUUUUCAAUAUUAUUUUGAUUAUCAAUUCGUGCUUUGCAAAAGUCAAAGAUUGUCCCGAAGUUUGUAAUUGCUUAGGAUCUUAUGUUGACUGUGGUUCAAAUAAGUUGAGCAAAAUACCUUCCAAUUUACCAAAUUGGACCAACGUUUUAACUUUACAAAAUAAUUCGAUAAAAAAGCUCUCUGAUGUUAACUGGAAACAUUUCUCAGAGUUGAAGGAGCUCAUAUUAAAUAAAAAUAAUAUCGUUAGUAUUCCCAAAGACGCUUUACAUUAUCAAACACAGUUGAAAGUACUGGAACUGAAUCGUAAUAAAUUAAAAGUAAUAGAGGCUUUAACAUUCAAAUCAUUAGACCAUCUAACCACAUUAAAAUUAAAGAGGAAUCAAAUAAACGAGCUUAAAGAUGGAGCAUUUUAUGGCUUAACAAGAAUAGAUAAACUGAUAUUAGAUUAUAACCACUUAAGAGUUAUUUCAAAAAGUUGGUUGUAUGGAUUAGAAAGCUUAAAAGAACUUUCUUUGAGUCACAACUUGAUUAACAAAAUCGAUCUCGAUGCGUGGGAAUUCUGUCAAACUCUAUUUAUUCUUGAUCUAUCAUUUAAUAACUUAGAAUCUAUCGAAGCUGAUACUUUUAAAAAUCUUGGACAAUUGCAAAAAUUGUCCUUGAAUAACAAUAAUAUUACAUACAUCAAAGAAAAUGCUUUUGUGCAUUUGCCAAGGUUGAAGGUUUUAAACUUAAAUAACAACCAAAUUUCAUGGACUAUUGAAGAUACAAACGGAGUUUUUCAAGGCCUUGGUGAUUUAGUGAAAUUUCAUUUAUCUGGUAACAAAAUUAAAUCGAUCAGUGCUGAUGCUUUUGUUGGUUUGAAAAAUGUAACCUACUUAAACUUGGGAAAUAAUAAUAUUACUUCUAUACAAAACAACGCAUUUUCUGAAGUACCCUUGUUGAAGGAUCUUAUUAUUAACACAACGAGUCUUUUGUGUGAUUGUAACCUUCGCUGGUUUGUGGAUUGGCUUAAUUUAAAACAACUAAAGUUGCAAGCUGCGAUUUGUUCUUAUCCUGAUGGACUGCGUGGUCAGUCAGUUGUAGAAGUAACCAAAAAUUUAACAUGCGGUAAGAAUAUGAUUUGCGAAUUGAAAUUUUUGUAUACGGUGUAUUACCUUUUAGAUGAAUUACCAAAACUCCGAUUAAUAGAAGAACCUGAUCCAGAAAUAAUGGCCUUAAAAGGAGAAAAUAUUACCUUAAACUGCAAGGCCAUAUCAAGUUCGCCAGGUGCUAUGACUUUUUUAUGGAAAAAGGAUAAUAUUGAGUUACUAAACCCAAAUGUCAUAGUAAAAUCUCGUACAGAUCCUGAUGGCAAGUCUACUGAGACAAGCUCAGUGCUAAAUUUGAUCCAUGUGGAGCAUUCUCAUGCAGGAAAAUAUCAGUGUGUUGUUUCUAAUAGUUUUGGCACUACAUACUCACAGAAGUCGGCAAUAUCUGUUUUGGUUUAUCCAACGUUCAUAAAAAUGCCAAAAAACGUUACAGUGAGAGCUGGAGAAACAGUGAAAUUGGAGUGUGCAGCAAAUGGCGAACCUACUCCUGAAAUAGCGUGGCAUAAAGAUGGUGGAAAUGAUUUUCCGGCUGCUCGUGAAAGACGGAUGCAGGUUAUGCCCCAUGAUGACGUAUUUUUCAUUGUGAAUGCUAAACCAAUUGACAUGGGAGUAUACAGCUGCACUGCACAUAACCCUGCAGGGAUCGUUGUAGCCAAUGCGUCAUUAACUGUUCAGGAGAAACCAUCAUUUAUUAAAGCUAUGGAGGAUAAGGAGUUUGCCGCAGGAGAAGAUAUGGUUUUGCCUUGCUUGGCUAAAGGUUUGCCAAAACCCACGAUAACUUGGUUGAAGGAUGGAGAAACUAUUGUUAGGACUGAGAGGCACUUUUUUAUACAUGAAGAUCAGUUACUGAUUAUUGUGGAUUCUGUGAAGACAGAUUCUGGUGUUUAUGAAUGUCAUUUAAACAACUCGCUUGGCGAAAAAGUUGGUCAAAGCAGGAUCAUCGUUAAACAAACUACAUACGAUACAAGUAAUAUGAUGGGAAUAAUAAUAAUAACAGUUGUUUGCUGUGCUGUUUUGACUUCCAUAAUCUGGGUGGUGAUAAUAUAUCAAACUCGUAAACGCAUGUCUCCACCUGUUAUUCAGACUGAAAUGCAGGAACUUCCCGAUAUGACUGAAACGACACGAGCGCAUCAAUUGCAAUUACAUCUUUGCCCUGAUAAUAUUUCUGACCACUCGUCAUCUAAAGACAGUGGGACAGGUGAUUCUGCUAAACGCAGCAAUGAUGACUUAGGACCGGAGGAAUUCACUAUGAUUAUAAAUGGUGAUGUAGCAAUGGAAAUGAAUAACUCACAUGUACCGUUAUUACUUUAUCCCCGGUCAACAAAUCAUGAUCGGUUCGUCAGUGUUGAGGUUUCUGCCUCAGAAACACCACCCAAAGAUGUGUAAAAUUUACCUUUAAUAGGAAUUUGGAAAAUUUUUCACGCAUAUUUUAUAUUUUACAUAAAUGGCUUUAAUUUUAUUAUACUAUGUAUAUACAACUAUAUAAUUUAUUUUAGCGAGAAUAAGCCUUUGAUUUGUUUAAGCUUUAAUUACAGUAUUUUUACAUUUACAUGUAGCUGUGUUUGUAUCACAAGCGGUAUAGUGGUUUAUUAUAAUCAAGUAAGUGUUGCCACUUAUUUACAUUUGAGUCAGUUUGCAACUUAGUAAAAAGUGGCGGUCAUGUACAAAUAAGUGUGUGCAGUGGAAAAUUAUAUUUAAUUUUAUGUUACAAAAAAUUUUAGUAUGAUUUUUUUUUUAAUAGGACUUGUUAAUUUUUUUCACA